AUGAGCACUAUAAGGCCAUUUAUCCCUCGUCUGUCCACCUUGCUUCGCAAGAAACCGUUUCCCAUGCCUUCUCCCGGGUCACCUUUACCGCCUGACAUACUCGUCGAUGAAGAGAUCUCUCCAGUAUACAAUUCUAAGUACUUCUACCCAGCGAAGCUUGGAGAGGUAUUUGCCGAUCGUUACCAAACCCUGGUCAAGGUUGGCUGGGGCGUGUCUUCAACCGUAUGGCUCGCGCUAUACAGGGAUGUCAAAGGGGCAGAGCUCGUCUUAGCACUGAAAAUCGUUAAUAACAAUACAAAUUCCGCUAAUCAUGAACGCGAGGUUGAAGAGUACAUUUCCACAGCAAACCCAUCACAUCGCGGCCGUUCACUUAUUAGGACUUUACUAGACUCUUUUGAGGUCAAAGGUCCAGAAGGUUCUUAUUCAUGUCUUGUGUAUCCACCUAUGAGGGAGCCAUUAUCAAUGUAUCAGCAGCGUUUUAAUGAUAGAAGGAUGCCACUGCCCCUCAUUAAAACCUACAUUCGUGCUCUUCUUACGGGGCUUGAAUACCUUCACAAAGAAUGCAGGAUAGUUCAUACGGAUCUAAAGCUUGAAAAUAUCAUGGUCACGUUCGAGGACCCAACCGUGCUUGCUGAUUUCAUAGAUUCUCAACUUAAAAAACCGAUGGCUUUCAAAAUUAAUUCGACGGGACGACCAGUAUAUCAGUCCCAUAAUGAUUUUGGGCCCCUCAAAAGCCUGAGAAGUAUACCACAGCUUGUUGACUUUGGCUUGGCAACCAGACUUGAGGAAAACGACGAUUGGGGCGUGUGGCCUAUUCAGCCAGACCACUAUCGGGCGCCAGAGGUAUUACUGGGUAAUGGAUGGCAAAUGCCUGCGGAUAUUUGGAAUUUUGGUGUUCUGCUGUGGGAUAUAAUCGAAGGCAAAGAAUUAUUUCAGCAUAUCUAUAAUCGACAAGGUCGCUACGAUGCUAAAUUACACAUCGCUGAAAUAAUAGCUUUACUUGGUCCACCCCCCCCUGAGGUCAUAGAAAGGUAUCAAUAUAUGCGAGAGUACUCGUGGCCCGAAUCUGUUAGACGAGAAGACGACAGAGUAUGCGAGACCGCGGAGGAGUACUUUUGCGGGCCAUUCUUUGACAAUAAUGGUCACUUUCUCUACGAAAAUCUGAUCCCCCACCGGAAACUAGACGACACCGUUUCCUUCCUUGAAGGAGAGGAGAGGGAAGCAUUUCUGGAUCUCGUCAAGAGAAUGCUUGUCUGGCAUCCAGAUGCGAGAAAAACGGCAGGUGAACUGAUGAGGCAUCCUUUUCUUCAACCGAAGCAAACAAGCGCCUGA